UCGACGUGUGACACCUGAGAGCGUCAGUGAGCGGAACCUCUCUGCAUGACAAUAGAAUACUUGAAGCCGAAGCUCUUCACGAGGAAACAUGCGCCCCCGGGACAUUUCCUCCUCCUCUCGGUAAAGGCUGGACUUGAGCAAAGGGUUCUGCUGUGGAAGUAUCGCGCGUAAAUGGCGCAGCCCACAAGGACGCGGCGCUCCUCGGUGUUCUUCAGAUGACCAGACCCACAGUCGGGACCUCCAGUGUGGAACAUGGGGGGAGAGGUGACGCGAGCUCACCUCCUCGCAGUUUUACUCGCUUUUAUCGUUUGCAGGUGCACGCGUGCACAAGAAACGCUCAAUGGACUCACUGGUUUUAGUUUGAGCCCCCCGUACUUCAACCUGGCGCAAGGAUCCAGGAUUUCUGCAACAGCAACCUGUGGGAAGGAUGAGUUCGAGAAGCCUAGGGCUGAUUUGUACUGUAAACUUGUCGGGGGACCAACCACUGGACUAGUCACUCAGAAUAUUCGGGGCCAGUUCUGUGACUACUGCAAUGCGGCUGAUGUGAACAAAGCCUACCCAGUGACCAACGCUAUUGAUGGAACAGAGCGCUGGUGGCAGAGCCCCCCUCUCUCCAAGGGGUUAGGCUACAACGAGGUAAAUGUCACUCUGGACUUCGGACAGCUGUUUCAUGUUGCAUACAUCAUCAUAAAGUUUGCUAAUUCCCCUCGACCCGACCUGUGGGUGCUGGAACGCUCCGUGGAUAACGGGAAGACUUUUACCCCCUGGCAGUAUUUCGCACAUUCAAAGCGUGAAUGCAUCGAAAGGUUUGGGAAGAAUCCAAAUGCUCGCCUCGUUAACGACGACGAUCAGCUCUGUACCACAGAUUAUUCUAGAAUCGUCCCUCUGGAGAACGGGGAGAUUGUGGUGUCCUUGAUCAACGGUCGGCCCGGCUCCAGAGACUUCACCCGGUCACCAGUUCUGCAGGACUUCACCAGGGCCACCAACGUGCGCCUGCACUUCCUGCGCACCAACACGUUGCUGGGCCACCUCAUCUCCAAGGCCCAGAGAGACCCCACCGUUACACGCAGGUACUACUACAGUAUCAAAGACAUCAGCAUCGGUGGCCGCUGCGUGUGUCACGGCCACGCUCAGGUGUGUGGGUCCUCUCGCAACCGGGAAAACCCAAACAAGCUCCAGUGUGAGUGCCGACACAACACCUGCGGUGAGUCAUGUGACCGCUGCUGUCCGGGUUUCAGCCAUAAGCCGUGGCGCCCCGCCACUGUCGACAGCCCCAACGAGUGUCAGCCCUGCCAGUGCUUUGCUCAUGCCGCCGACUGUUAUUACGACCCAGAGGUGGAAGCCAGAGGAGCAAGUUUAGACAUCUCCGGCAGGUACAGCGGAGGAGGCGUGUGCAUCAACUGCCAGCACAAUACUGCUGGAGUGAACUGUGAGCGAUGCAUUGAAGGCUACUUCAGACCUCAUGGAGUCGCCCCCGAAUCUCCCACUGGAUGUAUACCCUGCAAGUGCGACGAGCGGACCACGGCAGGUUGUGAAAUGGGUUCCGGGAGGUGCAUCUGCAAAGUGCAGUUUGCAGGAGAAAACUGCGAGCGCUGUGCAGAGGGAUACAAUUACUAUCCUCAGUGCAUUUUGCCUACUCGCUGCCCUGUGGGCUAUUUUGGCUCAAUCGGUUGUCAGCGGUGUGCCUGUGACUACAGAGGGACAGAGCGCGAGGUGUGUGACGCUUCUGGACGUUGCCUGUGUCGUCCCAAUGUGGUGGGCCAGCAAUGUGAUCGUUGCCGACCAGGCUACCACUCCUUCGCCAACUGCCACGCGUGCCUUUGCGAUGGGGCAGGCGUGGCCGAGAGUGUCUGCAGUGCGAGCGGUCAGUGUAUUUGCCUCCCCAACUAUGGAGGCCAGGGCUGUGAACAAUGUGCACCAGGCUACUACGGAUACCCGGAAUGUGCCGCCUGCCAGUGUUCCACGGAAGGCUCGUACGGCACCCAGUGCAACCCGCUGACAGGCCAGUGUCUGUGUCUGCCUGGUGUGGUGGGCCAGCAGUGUGACCAAUGCGCUUCUGGACUCGGGUUCCCCUCGUGCUCAGCCUCCAUCAGUCAGUGCAAUCCACAUGGUACAGAGAGCAGGGAACCUGAAACGGGUUCCUGCCGCUGCCGAGCCAACACGGAGGGAGCUUCAUGUGACAGGUGUAAGCCUCUUCACUGGAAUCUGUCAACUGACAACACAUACGGCUGUGAAGUGUGCAGGUGUGAUGUCAAAGGGACGCUGAGCGGUGUUGGAGAGUGUCAGCAGAGAAAUGGGCAGUGCCACUGCAAGCCUCGCGUAGGCGGUCGUACGUGCGAUGUCUGCGACCGCGGCUACUUCCUGUUGCAGAAAAAUAAUUAUUUGGGCUGCCAAGGUUGUGAAUGCGACGUUGGUGGCGCCAUCAGCGCGGCUUGUGACGCGACCUCCGGCCAAUGCCGUUGCCGUAGUAACAUAGACGGUCUGAAAUGCACACGGCCAGCCCCGGGGUAUUAUUUCCCCACCUUGCAUCAGUUCAAGUUUGAGGUGGAGGACGGCACCACAGCAAACGGCAGGCCUGUGCGUUUCGGUUACGACCCCCGAGAGUUCCCCGAAUUCAGCUGGAGAGGUUACGCUGAGCUUUCCCCCGCACAGAGUGAAGUCAGAGUCAUAGUGCAUGUUGAGUGGAAAGAUGCCAGGCGCAACUUAUUCCGCGUGGUGCUGCGGUUCACUAACCCGAGCCCUGCCACCGUGAGUGGUAGCGUCAAGGCGACUAAUAACAGAGGCCAUGCAGCAGAGCAGAGUAAGGAAGUGGUUUUCCCUGCGAGUCCGCAACCGUCGUUCCUCACUGUGCCUGGCGACGGCUUUGCUGAGCCAUUUGCGUUGACACCCGGCAACUGGAUCAUCCGCAUUGAGGCACCCGGGGUUUUUCUCGACUAUUUGGUCCUGCUGCCUCAGGAUUACUACGAAGCGUCGCUGCUGCACAAAGAGAUCACAGAGCCCUGCACAUAUGUGCCCACAGAACGCAGGAAUAAAAACUGUCUGCUGUACAAGCACGUGCCCAUGGAUGGAUUCAGCUCGGCUUUGGGCUCGCAGGGAAGCUUUUCGAGCCGGAGGGCCCACAAGAGGAGGCAGGCGCCGGUGCGACGGCCCACCCCGGAUCACCCUGACAUGGUCUCCCUGCAUGGCACACAGUCUCAGCUGCAGCUCAGUCUGCGUGUGGCUCAUCCUGGACCUCAUGCUCUCAUCCUGGAGUAUGCCAGCCAGGUGGACAGCAUCCAGAACGUCAACUUCCUCGUCGGUGUCCAGCAUGGGGAGCAGAUGCGAGUCCGAGCCAACAUUUACAGCUGCGAUUACAGCUUUUUGUGUCGGAGCGUGGUGGUGGACAGCAGGAAUCAGGUGGCCGUGAUGCAGCUCGCCCACAGGACGGAACUUCUCCUGCAGACGUCCACCGCCUCCUUCCUGCUGCACAAAGUAUACGCGCUUCCUGCAAAGGAGUUCUCCAUGGAGUAUGUGGACGCCAAAGUGCUUUGCGUCUCCGCUCAUGGUCGCUUCACUGAAGACAGUCAGCACUGUGUUCUGAGCCACUUGGACAAGCCUUCGCCGGGCUGGGUUUUGCACGCGGCCCGCGACGGGAAGCUGAACGCUGCCCACCAACAAGAAGGCAAUACAGACCGGCGGCAGAGACGACAGUCCGACGUAUCCCCUCACGGUGACAAGGUCCUACUCAAAUACCCUCAGACGGAGAUAAGUUUCACCCCCAAGGUGCCCCUCCCUGGCAGAUACGUGCUUAUUGUGCAUUAUCGCCAGCCGGAGCACGUUUCCUUUCCUGUGGAAGUCCGAGUGGAUGCCGGCUACAUGUGGAAGGGUUCCAUAAAUGCCUCGUUCUGCCCAUCGGUGUCAGGCUGCAGAGACGUGAUGGUCUUCGACGGCCUCACCGUCCUCAACUUUAGCCAGCAAUCUUGGCAGCUGCCAAGCAUCUCUGUGAUUGUUCCUUCUCGCAAGACUCUCCUUCUGGAUCGUAUACUGCUGGUGCCUGAGAGUCGUUACACCCCAGACGUCUUGAGCGAGAAGCCUCUGGAUCAGUCAGCACUUUUUAUCCAACAGUGCCGAGGAGAAAGCGUCUUUAUUGACCCCAGAACAUCUUCUGAAUUCUGCAGAGACUCCGCCCGCUCUCUGGUGGCGUUUUACAACGACGGAGCUCUGCCUUGCAAUUGUGACCAGUCUGGGUCUAUUGGAUCUGCGUGUGACCCAAAUGGAGGACAAUGUCCCUGCAGGCCUCACGUCAUCGGUCAGCGGUGUACAAAGUGUGCCACGGGCUACUAUGGCUUCCCUUACUGCAGACCGUGCGAGUGCGGCCGCCGCCUGUGCGACGAGGUAACGGGCCGUUGCUUGUGCCCACCUCAGACUGUCAGACCGGUCUGCGACGUGUGUCAGAACCAGACAUUCAGUUAUCAUCCACUGCUGGGCUGCGAGGGCUGCAAUUGCUCCAGGGAUGGCCUGCGAGUCAACGCCGGACAUGGCUGCCACCGCGUCACCGGGCAGUGCAGUUGCAAACCCAGGAUUGUUGGGCGCCAGUGUGAUCGAUGCGCUGCAGGUUAUUACCACUUUCCCGACUGCGUCCCUUGUGACUGCGAGCAGGGCGGAGUCACGCCCGACGUGUGUCACCCCGACACGGGGAGGUGUCUUUGCAAGAAAAACGUAGCCGGCAUCAGGUGUGACACAUGUCGGGACGGCUCCUUCUACUUUGACCCGUCCAACACCAACGGAUGCACGGGCUGCUUCUGCUUCGGAGCCACCGACAAGUGUCAAAGCUCCCAAAAACGCCGGGGCAAGUUUGUGGACAUGCUGGGGUGGAAGUUGGAAAGCUUCGAUCACCGAGAGGUUGCGUCCGUGUUGAACGUGGCCAGUAACACGGUGGUGGCGGAUGUCCAGGAGCUUCCUCUUUCCAUUCAAGCUUUACACUGGGUGGCGCCGGCCUCAUACCAGGGAGAUCGGGUAUCAUCUUAUGGUGGUUUCCUCACCUACCAGGCCAAAUCCUUUGGUAUUCCCAGUGAAGGAAUGAUUCUGAUAGAUAGGACCCCCGAUGUCCUACUGACUGGUAAAGACAUGACGCUGGUUCAUUUUGCCCAACAAGUCCAGUUGCCAGAUCGACUUUAUCAAGGCAGAGUCCAGUUUGUGGAGGGAAACUGGCGCCACGCUGGUACCAACAGACCCGUGUCCCGAGAAGCACUGAUGACUGUCCUUGCGGGCCUGACGCGUCUGAGGAUCCGAGCUUUGUACUUUACGCAAAGCCAGAGACUUAGUCUGGGCCAGGUGGGCUUGGAGGAAGCCACCGAUAUGGGCACCGGGGGUCCUGGGAACACUGUGGAGGUCUGCGCCUGCCCUUCUCAAUUCGCCGGAGACUCCUGCCAGAAAUGCGCCCCUGGAUUCUUUCGAGAUGGCAGCGGGCCAUACCUAGGCCGCUGUGUGCGCUGUAAUUGUAACGGUCUGGCAGACGAGUGCGAAGACUGGACCGGCAGGUGUCUGAAUUGCCAGUACAACACAGCCGGAAACAGAUGUGAAUACUGCCGAGAAGGUUACUAUGGUAACGCGGCUCAGCGGAUGUGCCAGGUGUGCCCAUGUCCUCUAAGCACUGCAUCAAACAACUUUGCAGUUGCUUGCAGAGAGAUCUACGGAGACUUCCAGUGCAUUUGUAGAACAGGAUACAUUGGAGACAAAUGCGAAAAGUGCGCUCCUGGUUUCUAUGGUGACCCGAUGUUUCCAGGGGGAAGCUGUCGCCCUUGUAAUUGUAACGGAAUUGGCAACACCUGUGAUCCCAGGACCGGAGUUUGCAAGAGCACGCUGGAGCCUGGAGACACAAACACAGAUGACCAAUGCGCGGAGUGUGACAACUGUGCCCAGACUUUACUCCAAGACUUGGAGAAGUUGGCGUUCAAGUUGGUAUAUAUCAAAGUUCAGCUGGACAACGCCUCCGCCAGCGCCUCCUCCCAGGAUAGGCUCAGGAAGCUGGAGCAAGCCCUAUCGGACACCAAGAUGCUGGUGAACAAAUUCAGCAUCUCUGUCAAUGGCCAAGGUUCCAGGCUCAAGCAGCUGGAAGACGACAUGUUGAGUCUUUCUGAGGACAUUACUUCUCUUCAAGACAAGGCUGACAAGACAGCUGUGGAUGCGGACAAAGCAGUUCUCGGAGUUGAAAAAACCCACAACAGGGCUCAGGAUUUGGACCUACAGAUUCGAAACAUGCUCCUGAAAAUUCAAGUUCUGCUUAACCAACUGAAGGACGCGGGCUCCAGCGGGGGAACGCCGCUUGGUGAAAACGCGGCCAAGAUGCUGGAGGAGGCCCAGCGCAUGGUGAAGGAGAUGGAGAACAGGAACUUCACGCCACAGAAGACCGCUGCUGACAAGGAAAGGGACGAGGCCAUGAAACUCCUGGACUACAUCAAGAGCGACCUAACUAAGCAGUUGGGCCAGAACGAGGACUCUGCUGCCAAGUUGAAAGGGCAACUGAACACCUAUGACGGCAAACUGAAGGAGCUGGACAAGUCCUUGAAGGAUGCCACAGACCUGGUGAAGAAAGCUCACGCCCAGAAUGGCCUCAACGCUCAGGCUGUACCGGAGCUGCUGAAUCGCAUUAACAACUUAAAGACGGAGCGGAAGACCGUCAAGGACCAGAUGACCCUGGCGGCAAAUGAGCUGAAGAGAAUCGAAGAUUUAGCCAAAGGGCUUUCCAACAACAAAACGGCGUACGAAAAGUUGGCCGCUCAGCUGGAUGGCGGCAAGAACGACUUGACCAGGAUGGUCAACGAGCUCUCUCGAGCUACAAACAAGGAGGGCGUGGUGCAGGAUGCGGAGGACCACGCUCAGAAUCUUAAGAAGCUGUCGAAGGAACUGGAGGAUGCUGUGAAAGCUGCGAGCGAACGCCCUGAAGUACGUAACGCCAAUGAUGCCAUCGAUGCCUAUAAGAACAUCACGGAUGCCGUUAAAGCUGCUGAGGCCGCCGCUAACCAAGCAAAAGAUGCCGCAGACAAAGCCUUGAACAAUGUAAAAAAACAAAAGCUGGCUGAGAGGGCAAAAGACCUGAAUGAAAGCGGUGCAGAACUCGUGCAGAAUGCAGAAGAAGCAGAGAGUAUCCUGGCGGAUGCUGCCAACGAAAUUCCUGACAUCAAGAGGCGCCUGACGAAUGCAGAGAGGAAAAAGAAUGACCUUGAGACUGACCUCCAGGACGCGCAAAGGCAGCUGAACGACAUUAAAAGAGAUGACAUUGUCAACAUGAUCGACGACGCCAAGAGGAAGGCCGCUUCCGCUAAUGUCUCGGCCAGUGACACCAUGGACAAGUUGGACGCCAUCAGGAAGGAAAUGGAAAAGAUCAACGUCACCCCCGGGAAUUCCAACCUCGGCGGCUUAUUGGACGAUGUGGACCAAACAGUGAAAAACUUGUUGAAAACCAUCCCGACUUUGAGCAACAAGAUCUCGGAAAUGGACACCUUAACCUCGAAGUUUAUGCCUCUGAAAAACAUCACGGACAACGUCAAGAAACUCAAAGACCUCAUCAACCAAGCGCGCGAUGCAGCCAACAGGAUUUCCAUCCCGAUGAAGUUCACAGGCAACGGUCACGUGCAGUUGCAUCCACCCAAGAACCUGGAGGAACUUAAGGCCUACACCGACUUGUCUCUGUCGCUGCAGAGGCCCGAGGGCAGGGGCGAUGGAAGACGCAGGCGCAGGCAGGCCGCAGACAAAGGAGACAUGUUUGUGUUGUACCUCGGCAACAAGGAUCCCUCCAAGAACUACAUCGGCAUGGUCCUGAGGAACAACGUCCUAUACGGCGCCUACAAGUUGAACGGAUUGGAGCAUGUGAUGAAAACGGACUCCAUCACCACAUCUCCUUCCGAGCCAGCCAAGUUUGAUAAGGUCGACCUGCACAGAAUUUAUCAAGAUGCAGAGUUGAUCCUCACCAAAGACUACACAUCAGACACUCCCGGGAUUCCGAGUGUAGGCAACGUCCGAGGAGACGAAACCAAAAACCUUCUGGACUUCACCCCAGAAGAUUUGGUUUUCUACGUGGGAGGCUACCCGUCCAACUUCACGCCGCCGGCGCCUCUCAACUAUCCCAUGUACAAAGGCUGCAUCGAGAUGGCCUAUUUGAACGACAGGGUUAUCAGCUUAUAUAAUUUCCUGCACAAAGACAACAUCAACGUCGAGACUCCAUGCAAGAGGUAUGUUUCUUCAGUGGGCUUUUACUGCCAGGGCACCGGGUAUGGCCGUGUGAAUAUCGACAAGAGAGCAGCAGUCAUGCUCAUCGGCAUGUCCAUCCUGGCACAUUCAGAAAAUGGGCUGCUCUUGUACAUUGGAAGCGAGGACAAUUACUUCACCGUGACAAUGGAGAAGGGGGUUGUCCACCUGCGGAGCAAUUUGCUCUCAGAGCCAGCCACAAAUAACGUGAAAACAUUCCCGAAACUCGACUGGGUGGACAUACUCAUCAUUAUAACCAACAAGGGAAAGUUUACAGUCCGCAUAGCCAAUAAAGAGGUGGCCACGGCCCAAGCCCAGUUCACCACCGUUGAUUUUAAAGAUUAUUAUAUUGGCGGUGCACCCCUAGAAAUGCGGGAAAAGCAUAACAUCACCAUGCAAGCCUUCAAAGGCUGCUUGAACAACGUGAAGCUCAACCAUAACUUCCAACCCAUCGACGAGAAAGUGGGCAUCAGCAAAGGUUGUCCCAAAGAUUCCCUGACUUCUCGCAAAGCGGAGUUCAACCCGGGAAGCUCCCUGUCGAUGGAUCUUUCGGACUUCAGCCUGGCCAACGACGUCGUGGUCUCGCUGGGCUUCAUGAGCACCGACAACGACGGCAUCCUCCUGCAGUCGAAAAAAGCCGCAAACGACAUCCAUCUGGCUUUAGAAAACGGCAAUGUGAUUGUGUCUUUUAACAACAAGCAGUGGAUUUCCAACAAGAAAUACAACGAUGGCCACUGGCAUUAUGUGACCGUGUACAAAAAAGCUGGCAGGACGGAGAUGCUGAUUGAUGACGACGACAACGGUGUGGAGAAGAGCGGAAGCGUCUCUGUGCCCGACUCAGGGGGCUCCGUGGUUUUGGGACGAGACAAGUUCAAAGGCUGCAUCUCCAACCUCUACACCAGACGGCCCAGCCAUCGUUACAAGCCUGAGGACUUCACCAACUUCAAGUCGUCCGGAGACGUCCUGUUGGACGUGUGCACCCCCGACAGUCCUGUCCAACAGAUGCUCUCUCAUAUGCCCAAAAAGGAGGCGACGAUGUCGCAUGUGAUGAAUGAGAGCGCGUCUCCGUGCACGUUACCGGGCCUGGUGGCAGACGCGUAUCACAUGGGGGGGCCCGUGAGCCGCUUGAGCUACAGCCUGCCGCUGCAGGUGCUGCAGCCCAGGCCGCACUUCUCUCUGGACAUCCGGACUCGAUCUCCAGAUGGCCUGUUGUUCUUCGCUGCAACAAGAGGAGGGAACUCUCACCUGGCUCUGUACAUGUCCAAAGGGAGAAUCAGACUGUCUGUGGGUAAAUACAAUGAGAUCUUGAACAGGGAGAAGUACAACGAUGGAAAGUGGCAUUCAGUGAUGUUCAGUUUGGAGAAGAAGAAAUUCCGCCUAGUGGUGGAUGGGAUACGAGCGCAGGACGGUCAGCUGAGCCCGGCGGACGUGGCCUCCAUGAAGCACUUCAUGUCGCCUGUGUUCUUGGGCAGUGCCCCGGACUACCUCCACAAAGAGUUGAAGUCCAAGAACCUCCCAAAGCAAAGCGUGUCCGGCUGCGUGCGCCAGUUUAAAAUGAACGGAGCGGCCAUGCUGAAUCCAUCCACAAACCACGGAGCCGGCCCCUGUUUCGAGGGUCCCAUUCAGAGGGGGGCCUACUUCUCGGGGAACGGCGCGCACGUCGUCGUCAAUGACUCCUUCGCUGUGGGAUCCAGUUUUGAGCUUCUGUUUAACGUUCGCCCAAGGAUGCCAACUGGACUCCUGCUGCACGUUGGCGAUUCUAGCGGAGCUCAACAAGCUCAACAUUAUGUCAGUAUAUACCUGCUCAGAGGAGAGGUGGUGGCCCUAGUGAACAACGGCAAAGGGGAGUUCAUGGCAUCCGUGCGGCCAAAAACGACACUCUGCGAUGGAACUUUUCAUAAAAUUUCUGUCAUCAAGAGGAAGAAUGUCGUGCAACUGCACGUGGACACAGUGGACACAUACAAGAUCGGACCUCCAUCUACCACUGCCACUCUGACCAAAUAUCCCCUCUAUGUGGGGGGUGCUCCUGAAGAGAUGUCAUUGCUGCGGACGCCGCCCGUCACCAAGUCCUUUGUGGGCUGCAUCCAGGACAUGAAGAUCAACGGCGAGUCCGUCGUGUUCGCCAGAUUGCACUCGGUGGUCGGGCCUGUCAACCUCAAGGAAUGUCCAGGCUGAAGCACAACUGCAGCAUUAUUAUUAUUUUUUUUUUUUGGCCAAAACUUGGGACCACCUCCAAACAACGAUGUGCAAUUUGUUACCAAGAGGACAGGGAAUGUUUUUCACUAUGUAUAUACGGUAUGGUGUGUGUGUGUGUGUCUGUGUGUGUGUAUGGAUGUAUUUAUUUUAAAAAUCAUGUGCAGCACCAACUCAUCAUUGCAUCUACUUUUUAUUUUAUUUUUUUUUGUGGAUGGGUGGUUGCAGAAGGGAGAGUAUGUAGUGUACAGUGCAGUACAUAACACAGCACUUUAAGAUCAUUUCUGAUAUAUAUAAAUCAACCAGUUCGGAAUGUACCCUGCCUACUGCCCGAAGACAGCUGGUAUGGGCUCCAGCACAUGCCGCAACUCUCAUGAGGAUAAGCGUGUUAGAAAGUAAGUGUGUGUGUGUGUGUGUGUGUGUGUGUGUGUGUGUGUGUGUGUGUGUGUGUGCGUGUGCGUGUGCGCGUGCACGUGCGCAUUGGCGGCCCGGUGGUCCAUUGGUUAGCGCGUCAACCUCACCGUGCAGAGGUACAAGGGUCCAUCCCAGCUCCGGCCUUCCUGUGUGGGGUUUGUGUCUUUUCUCCAGGUUAAUUGAACACUCGAAAUUGUCCCUAGGUGUGUGAUUAUGAGUGUAGAUGGUUGUUCGUCUCUGUGUGUCCUGCGAUUAGCUCGCAACCAAUUCAGGGUGUCCUCGCCUACUGCCUGAAGACAGAUGGGAUAGGCUCCAGCACCCUUGUGUGGAUAAAGCGGAUCAAAAAAUGGAUUUUUAUAUGUGUGUGUGUGUGGAGAUGGAAAAUGGUUGAACCUAAAUAUGUAUGCAUCAAUACUUUGCAGUCAAUGGUGCUCGCUACUUUCCCGUUUGGCAUGUUUGAUUCCUAUUGCAUUUUUAAGGUCCCCACAAAGGCCAAGAAAUCACAUUUAUGACCCCAGUUUCCAUUUUUAUGCAUUCCUUUUGCAUGCAUUCUUCCGAGUGGUUCUCAAUGUGGUUUACAGUGGACAACAGCGUGUCCUGAGUUAAGUAUAGUUGAAGACUGAAAAUGGAACAAUACACACCCAAAAAAGAUAUAGAUGCAUGAUUCAGACAGUGUUUGCAUCUGAGUGCAAAAGAGAAAAAAAAAGAUGAAAAUAAAUUCAUUACAAUUUGAUUUUUCUUGGGAUUAAUUUAAAAAUUGCAUUCCUGUUUUGUAACCACUGGUUUGUAAAGCAUUUUUUAAUCUCGCCAAUUAAAUUACUUCAUAAAUUA